UGUUUCACCAUAGCAUGUUGGUUUUCAUUUCAAGUUGUCCAAAGUGACACUUCCUCUGCAGCAGAAUCAAUCAGAAAUAUUCGACUUAACAUCCCAGGUUCAGUCAUGCAUCCCAGGUUAGUCACCUUCGACCUCCCCAUACUGUUGGGUGUACUCCUGUUGUGGGGACCAAUGGAGUCGAGGGGCCAGAAUGACACAGAGCCCAUCAUCCUCGAGGGGAAGUGCUUGGUUGUAUGUGACUCCACUCCUUCAUCUGAGCCCGCUGGUAACGCCCUGGGCAUGUCGGUCCGUUCCGGCUCUGGCCGGGUGGCCUUCUCCGCCAGCCGCCAGACCAACCACGAGCCCACGGAUAUGAGCAACCGCACCAUGAUCAUCUACUUUGAUAAUAUUUUGGUGAAUGUGGGCACUCAUUUUGACCAAGAGACGAGUGUCUUCCUGGCACCAAGAAGAGGUGUGUACAGUUUCAACUUCCAUGUUGUAAAGGCCUACAAUAGACAAACUAUUCAGGUCAGCCUGAUGCUGAACGGCUGGCCAAUGAUUUCAGCUUUUGCUGGAGACCAGGAUGUGACUAGAGAAGCUGCCACUAAUGCCGGCCUGGUGAUUAUGGAGAAGGGGGACAAGGCCUACCUCAGACUGGAGAGAGGAAACCUGAUGGGUGGCUGGAAAUACUCCACCUUCUCUGGGUUCCUGGUCUUCCCCUUGUGAAGAAGGUGAAGGGAGAGCAGGUUAAGGUGUAGGAAGGGUGAUGGGAGGAGAAUUAGAUAAAGCAGUCAUGAGAAAAAAAUAAAAGGAAGGCUUCAAUCUGUAUCUCUUUAUAUGGUGCAUGAAAGAUGUGUUUUAUGCAAAAAACGAGAAGACACAUUGUAGGAUAAAUUCUCACUUGAGACCAAAAGAAAAGGAGGGGACAAAGAAGAGAAAAAUUCAGUAAACGUAUUUCUGUAAAUUUAAUUUUCUCUGUUUCUGUGUACAAAUAUUUGUUGGGUUUGAAUAAGAGAUAUUUCAAUUGUGGCAAAAUUAUAAAGUAACCAUGUGCAAUGUGGGCUUCUGUGCUAAGAUUAUGUUUUUUUUCCUUCAAAAUGUUUGAAACACUGCUGUGCUCCACAUGGCAUCUUGUUUCGCUAGCAAACUUGCCAAACUUGCCCUUUACUCUGCUGUGUCGUAUGAUACCGCUUGAUAUGCCUGUUAGUCUCCUGCAACAAAAGUUUAUUUACACAGAAAUUUCCACUGAGGAAAAAAAUAUUAAACUAAAAUCAUGUAAAGUUGGCUCAGAAAAUCAUUUUUGCAUGCAUUGUAAAAUCUUCCUUUCCACAAACAUGUGAAGAGAAACAACAUUUUAAUGAAAUAAACAGAAAUAACUGAGUU